UUACCUGUACCAAAGUGUUUGGAUGGAAAAAACAAACGCUCUAAGAUGACGUCACCGUUGUUAUAUUGCAAUUGUUCGUCAUCAAAGUCUUAAUUUCACCUCGUGUGUGUCUGAUGACCCCACCCCCCCACCCCAACUCCACGCCCAGCGUUUGCAUUCAAGCGUUUUCAGCCGAAACGAAACGAAACGAGCCGAGCUCCGGCUCCAUUAGCUAAGCCGUUCCGGGUUUUGUCGGCCUCUCCCGCCGCAGUGGGAGGAAGUGAGGCCACCAGAGGCAGAAGCAGCCGCCACGCUAUCGUGCGAAAAUCGACAAAAACACGGAGGACAGCAGCCGCAGCCAGCACUACCGUGACAUGUCCGUUCCCAGAAAAGGACAGCGACCAGCGCCUGCUUCUUGAGGCCUACGGAGAGAACCGACUCCCCGCGUUCCGGACAUCAAACCGUCUCCUCGCCGUACGGAGGUGCCCGCAGCUCGAAAGGAGUAGCGGGGAGCUGGCGGAAACACGAAGAUCGACCGCAUACCCCCGCACCUCCCCUCUGUGUGCCGAGUCGCUUCUACCCAAGUCCCGGUGGUCUCCCUGUUGGCUCUUUCUGCCGCCUCCGCCAUUUGCCUUGCGGAGGGAAAGUUGAGCGAGCCAAGUGCCGCCGGGCAGCCGCGCGCGCCCCCUCCCCUUACCGGAUCCUCCAACCACUCCGCACCGGCUGUCGCUGAAGCUCCGUAAGCCGCCAUGGAAACUCUCGGACCCCGUUAACAUCGCUUCGGACGCUCGCGGGUUGUUGUCUUUUUCCGAGGAGGGAAGCCGCCGGAUUCCCCCCCUCGAGGGGGGCACGCGUCAAACUGCCGGCUAGCCCGCUAUCUUAGCGCGCUAGCUCAGCGGCGAGCUUUUUUCGGUGCGAAACUUUAUUGACAGCUUGAGUUGCGCGUCGCUGUCGAGGCAACGGCUCGUUAGCAUCCUGGCUAUCCGAAUGCUAAGCCAGCAUCGCCGUUGUUAGCAUUUACCAUCCUGGGUAGCCGCUUGCUAAAGAGCGCAGCGAGCAUACUACAGUUAGCAUUUUAGCAUCCUGACGUUAGCUCGAUAAGAGGACAAGGCGGCGGGAGGCAGCCUUCGCUUCACCCGCUCGCGGGAGCUCGUUUCACGGCCGAGGAGGCGACGUCGUCGGCUAGCGGGCAGGAGUGCGUGCGCGUGUGAGUGUGUGUGCGCGCGCACGCUUGCGUGCGUCCGUGUGUAAGUGUUUGUGGAUUGCGUGGAAUGCAAACGAGGCUCUCUCGCUCGUGUUUGCUCGCUGGGAGACAUUUGCUUUGCGACCAGAAUCUUUCUUUUAAAGCUGAAAGGAGCAGCAGCUGACGGAUAUUUUCAGCUUCUCGGCCGGAGCAAACGCGCGCCGUGUGAAAACCCCCCCCGCCAGCCGCCCUCUGCUCCCCGCUCGGCCGGCCUGGAUUUUGUCUUCUGGGGUUCGGGGGUGGGAGACAGGACACAUGCUGCAUUGAGCCGGGGGGAUCCCUUACGGCGCUUAAUGGGAUUACAAGAUCAUCAAUUGAAGGUUUGCUGAAGACAGCCACCAGCAUGACACGGUGAGGCGGCCGCGGACAUUCGCAGUCCACUCCAGCAGCAGCAGCAGCAACAGCAGCCGCCCUCCACCCUGAUGCUGGUCCCAUCUGGCGUCGGAGGAGUCCCGCGUUUGUGAACGACUGAGCGAGCGAGAAAGCCUGAAGAUGGCGGACCUGGAGGCCGUGCUGGCCGACGUCAGCUACUUGAUGGCGAUGGAGAAGAGCAAGUCGACUCCUGCCGCCAGAGCCAGCAAGAAGAUCAUCCUGCCAGAGCCCAGCAUACGCAGCGUGAUGCAGAAAUAUCUGGAGGAGCGCGACGAGCUCACCUUCGACAAGAUCUUCAACCAAAAGAUUGGCUUCCUCCUCUUCAAGGACUUUUGCAUGAACGAGAUCGACGAGGCGGUCCCGCAGCUCAAGUUUUACGAGGAAAUAAAAGACUAUGAAAAGCUGGACUCGGAGGAGGAAAGACUCAGUUGCAGUCGUCAGAUCUACGACGGAUACAUCAUGAAGGAGCUGCUAUCGUGUUCACAUCCGUUCUCCAAAAAAGCCGUGGACCAUGUCCAGAGUCAUCUGGCCAAGAAGCUGGUGCCCCCAACCCUCUUCCAGCCCUACAUCGUGGAGAUCUGCGACAGCCUACGAGGGAAGAUCUUCCUCAAGUUCAUCGAGAGCGACAAGUUCACGAGAUUUUGCCAGUGGAAAAAUGUCGAGCUCAAUAUCCACCUGACGAUGAACGACUUCAGCGUCCACCGCAUUAUCGGCCGCGGCGGCUUCGGCGAAGUUUACGGAUGCAGGAAGGCUGACACGGGAAAGAUGUACGCCAUGAAGUGUCUGGACAAGAAGCGCAUCAAGAUGAAGCAAGGCGAGACGCUGGCGCUCAACGAGAGGAUCAUGCUUUCGCUCGUCAGCACCGGGGAUUGCCCGUUCAUCGUGUGCAUGACAUAUGCCUUCCACACGCCUGACAAGCUCUGCUUCAUAUUGGACCUCAUGAAUGGCGGCGACCUGCACUACCACCUGUCUCAGCACGGCGUGUUCAGUGAGAAGGAAAUGCGCUUCUAUGCCGCCGAGAUCAUCUUGGGCCUGGAGCAUAUGCACAACCGCUUCGUCGUCUACAGGGACCUCAAGCCCGCCAACAUCCUGCUAGACGAGCACGGACACGUUCGCAUCUCUGACCUGGGCCUCGCCUGCGACUUCUCCAAGAAGAAACCGCACGCCAGCGUGGGCACCCACGGCUACAUGGCCCCAGAGGUGCUGCAGAAGGGGACGGCGUACGACAGCAGCGCCGACUGGUUCUCGCUGGGGUGCAUGCUCUUCAAGCUGCUUCGGGGGCACAGCCCGUUCAGGCAGCACAAGACCAAAGACAAACACGAGAUUGACAGGAUGACGCUGACCAUGAACGUGGAGCUCCCCGACUCUUUCACGGCGGAACUGAAGGAACUUUUGGAAGGACUCCUCCAGCGCGACGUCUCCAAGAGGCUGGGCUGCCAGGGACGAGGAGCGGUGGAGGUCAAGGGGCAUCCCUUCUUCACGGGCAUGGACUGGCAGCAGGUCUACCUGCAGAAGUACUCGCCGCCGCUCAUCCCGCCCAGAGGUGAAGUCAAUGCCGCCGACGCCUUCGACAUCGGCUCCUUUGACGAGGAGGACACCAAGGGCAUCAAGCUCCUGGACAGCGACCAGGAGCUGUACAAGAACUUCCCGCUGGUGAUUUCCGAGCGUUGGCAACAAGAAGUGGCCGAGACCGUCUAUGGCGCCGUGAACUUGGACACGGACAAAAAUGAGGCCCGCAAGAGGGCCAAGAACAAACAACUGGGCCACGAGGAAGACUACGCGCUGGGCAAGGAUUGCAUCAUGCAUGGCUACAUGCUGAAGCUGGGGAACCCCUUCCUCACGCAGUGGCAGCGGCGCUACUUUUACCUCUUCCCCAACCGAGUCGAGUGGCGGGGAGAGGGCGAGUCACGGGAAACAUGGUUGGCGAAACACUUGACGCAGCUCAAAGACUCGCAAAACCUUCUGACGAUGGAGCAAAUCGUCUCGGUGGAGGAAACGCAGAUUAAAGACAAGAAGUGCAUUCUGCUGCGCAUCAAAGGAGGGAAGCAGUUUGUGCUGCAGUGCGAGAGCGACCCCGAGUUGGUGCAGUGGAAGAAGGAGCUGACAGAGGCGUUCAGCGAAGCUCAGAAGUUACUCCGGCGCGCACCCAAGGUCAUCGGCAAGAGUCGCACCGGCGGCGUGGUGGAGCUCUCCAAGCCCCCCCUGACGCACCGCAACAGCAAUGGCCUGUGAGUGCACAUGUGUGUGUGUGCGCGCACGGACAAACACGUACAUACACCCACACACACGCGUGCACACGUCACGACCAAUCCUCAUUUUUCACACCGCGUGGACCUCGCCAGUCGUGGAGCGGAAGCAGCAUGUGAAGAACUUUGCAUGAAACCCCUACCCUUAGCGGGACAGCCUCAAACACCCCCCUGCCCCGCCCCCACUGCCCCGACCUCCAUCCAAGCAAGGACCAGGGGGCAUUGCGCACACCCUCUGCCCCCUUACCCCUCCUUACUCCAUGUAUUCCAAGUGCAUCAAGUGCCAAUGCGCACGAUUACUUAAGGGGGCGGGUCAAACAUUCCCCUGCAAGAAGCAGGAAGUCAAUGGGCUCACCUCUGAUUGGCUGCCGCUCAGCUAACCGGGAACGAGAUUUCACUGCGGCCUGUUGAUAUAAUAACUGCAAACACUGUGGUGAUAUUGGUGGUGGUGGGCUGCAUGUGUGGGUGUGGGGGGGUUGUGUAUAUACAUACAUAUAUAUAUCUAUAUCUAUAUAUAUGUAUAUAUAUGUAUAUGUGUUCAGUGUUUGCAUCAACAUCUGUACGGGGAGAGGGAAGAAAAGACGGGGCUGAGACGCAAAGUAGGCCUCAGUCACCGUAGCAACCCCGCGCGCCUCAUUUGGACUGAGUCACUGUGAGGGAACUGGGGAGGGAUGUCAAGUUGGCAUUUUGGACGCUUCCACGGGAAACAGGAAGUGAGCUCUGGAAUGAGGUGGAGCCUAUCUUGGUGGCGGUCACUGCUAGCCACGUUAGCAUUCUAACUAAUGCAAAAAAACAAAAACAAAAAAAAAACUAUAGAGUUUGUUGGUCCCCACAGCGAUGGCAGAGUUCCAGAUAGGAGCGUCGGAUUCUCUACAAUGUCUUGCCAUGUUCUCAAACUCCAAUGAAUGUGGUAGAAUGUUUCACAACAUAACAUUAUAGAGUGAUAUUGGAGGUUUUGCAAGGUAAUAGAGCAUUCCAGUGUUUCAUAAGGAACCUUUUGUACGGGUCUGCAAUGUUGGAGCGCCCUCGUGAAUGAACUAGCAGUCUAAAAUGAUCUCGAUUCCUCUAGCCUCUUAGAAAACACUCUUGAAGGAUUGAUGGGGCUCAGCAACGUUAAUAGAUCGUUGCAGUGUAAGUUAGCGAAUCUACAAGUUUCUGCGAUUAUUGCAAAGCAGGGUGUCCAAAUUCCGGGCCCCGAGAGUUCCUAGUCGGCGCCUUUUCGACGUCUCCCUCCUCCAACACAUCUGACUCAAAUGAUCAUCUCAGAGCGUCAUGUGCUAACUCGCUACACGAUAGACUCGGUGAUCAGCUCUGAUCAUUUGAAUCAAAAAGGACGUUCUGCAACAUUCUCGAAUGUUCUACAAUAUUGUAGCUCACACUAUGUUCUAAAACAUUCCGGGAUGUACGGUGUGGUAGAAUGAUCCAAAAUUCAUGUACGGCGACAUUCUAGAGUGAUGUCAAACGUCAGAAGGAGUGUUGUACAAAUUUGGAGUUCGAUCUACAUGGAUUAAAAUGUACGAGAUGAAUAAGUCAGGAUGAAACGUUCUACAAGAAGCUACAAUGUCGUAGAAUAUUCCAAAUUGUAUGUUUUGAAAUGUCAUGGUCGGUGACAUUCUAGAAGGAUCUACGAGAUCAUUUUAGACUGUUUUGAAAUUGUUUCAAUGACCUAUAAUUGGCGAGGUUUUACAUCCCAAAACACUUUCUAACAACCCAGAGGACGUUAAAAUGUUGGUGCAUUUUCUUCAUUCUAAGACAUUCCAGCAUGAUGUCGAGUGUCGGUGAAUUUUACAAAAUAUACUAUUACACUCUAGAAUGUUUAGACAUUCUGGACUGAGCUAUGAUCUCCUGGAAUCUUCCAAAACGAAAGCUCGACAUUAUUGUCGUAUGAUCUUAAAAUGACCCAUACAAUCCGAGAGGACCUUACUUACUUUCUAGAAUUAUUCCAAAUUCAUGUUUUCGAUCGAGAACUCUUGUUUAAUAACAAUCUUGUUGCAUCCACAUAAAUCCUGCAAUGUUCUCCGUCAUUCUAGUCCUUAUCAGUGAAUCGUCUGAGGUUCUGCAAUCUUGUCGUACAUUUUUGAGCAUUUAAAAAAAAAAAAUCCAACCAUGAAAUUGUAUGUUGUCAAAUGAUCCAAAAUGAACUACUUCUAUUAGUCGAGAAUGAUUUGCGACAUUCUAGAACGCUUAAAAAAAAAAUCACACAAGUACUAGAAAGAUAUACCAGCACAUAAUUUGAGAAUUUUCCAAAAAUUAAUGUUUUAGAAUGAAAUCAAAGCUGUAUAACAUACUAGGGAGUCUCCACAAUAUGGUAGCACAUUUUACAUGUUGUGAAACAAUCCGGGAUAAAUGUUUUUACUUGAUUCAAAAUCAGUCAAAGCGACGGUGAGUGCAACCCAAGUAGACAGCGUGGUUAGCGUUCACUAGCUUGUUUUAUUUGUGCUGGGGCGCGCGGGGAAGGGGGCGGGUUUGUCAAAUGUUGUCACCUCGAGGUGUCUUUAAAAUUUUUUGGAGCGUUUUUAUUUUGCGUUCGUGCACCUUUUUUUUUUUAAAGCAUCAUGUGCUAACUCGCUACGUGCUCGACUCAAUGUGCCAAACGGAGGGGGGCGGAGCCAGCAGGAAUCCCUGCACGUACCGUCGCGCCAACAAGAUGGCGGCCCAGGGGGGGGACCAAAACUGUGACCAAUCAGGCGCCGCUGCCACCCGCUAUUUCCUGUUCACGCUGUUCGGACGCUACAAGAGCACAGUGACAAAAAAAAAAAAAUCAAGCUUAAAUAAAUGAAAGAAAAAGAAAUAUAUGUGUAUAAGAAAGCUUUAGGUUUAUUUAAAAGAUAUGUAGGAAAAAAAGCUGAGAAAAUUUGGGGGAUUUUAUUGUGAUUUUUUUUCUUUCUUUCAGAUGUUUGUGGUGAACAAUCUUGCACAUAAAGACUUUCAAAACAAAA